CCUGCGGCCAACGCAGUCGCUUCGAUCGCUCCGUUAGCGCAGACAUAUAUAUUCGGUGAUCUACUGAAGCCGAAGCCCACCAUGGAUAUCGGCACCAAGGCGAGCAAGGCUGCCUUCUCCAUUGAGAAUAUCUUGGAGCAGAAGACAAGAACCGCUCGGAGUCCGCCUGCCGAGACCUUGCAUCGAUCCCAAUCGCGUCGUGGCUCCUCUCAAAGCCCAGUGGCACCGCCGCCUCCGGCUGCAGUAGCCAUGCCCAAGGCAAUGUCAUCUACCGCCUCUCCUGCAACAUCUGCCACCAACAUCUACGACCUGUCACGCGAGGCGGUCGCCGCGCAGUAUGCCCUCAAGAAUCUAGACUCCAGUCCCGUGCUGGCGCCCACCACGCUGCGCUUCAAUCCCAUCUACCCGGAUCCCGCCUCGCUCUUCUACCAGCAGGUGCUCAACCUGCAGAAGAAUCCCUCGCUGUUCAUGCCCCACUUCCAGGCAGCCGCUGUGGCCGCCGCAGCUGCGGUCCAACCCACAGGAUACUGCGAUCAAUACAGUCCCUUUGCCAUGGAUUGCGAAGGCUUCACAAAUCCAGCCACCGCAGCAGCCGCCCUCUAUUGCAAUGCCUAUCCAGCUGCCAGCUUCUACAUGUCCAACUUCGGUGUGAAGCGCAAAGGUGGCCAGAUCCGCUUCACCUCGCAGCAGACUAAAAAUCUCGAGGGGCGCUUUGCCAGUUCCAAGUACCUGUCGCCCGAGGAGCGCCGCCAUUUGGCGCUUCAACUUAAGCUUACAGACCGCCAGGUAAAGACAUGGUUCCAAAACCGGCGGGCUAAAUGGCGACGGGCCAAUCUCAGCAAGCGCAGUGCAUCCGCCCAAGGAGCAGCCGCUGCAGCGUCCUCCUCCGCCUCCAGCUCCAGUAGCAGUGCUCCGGUCCUGAGUCUAGGGAGCGAGAGCCGGAGUGGCCAGCAGAGCGACGAGGAGGAUCGUAUGUAUCUAUCAGAGGAUGAUGAGGACGACGAAGUUGACGAGGAAGAGGCGGAGGAGGCUGCAGCCGAUCCUGCCCUGAAGUGAAGCUCGAAGAUUGCCCUUUACUCAUAAGAUAGUUCAGCUUGUAGUUAGGUUAAAUAAAUUUAUUUCAAUAUAUGCAUAAGGAGUUCUUGAA